ACCACCAUAACCAUCGACAUGAACAAGCUUUCCACCGCUUCCAAGCGCCGAGGCGGCCGGGCACCAAGGAGCAGCACGAAGAAGCAGCCGGUGCUUGAGCCCACCAAGUCAAUGGAAUGCUCUAGGCCGGUCGGUGACAUGUCAUCAUCAACAUCAAGCCUACCUCAGGGAAACUCGGAAACUAUGUUAGACCAGAACCAGCCGAUCACCAUCAUCACUAAUGAUACAGCCUGUAGUGAGGAACCCAUGAUCAUGGACCCCAUAGAUCUGAAUGGUGGUGUCCUGGAGCCCAACUACGCGAACAACUCAAUGGAUCAGAUUGGGAUUUUGCAGGAGUGUGGGGAGAUUGAGGCCCUGUUAUCAAGCAUCGACGACAUGCCAGCUAGUGUGCUGACUGGCAUCGAGCACAGAGGCAACUCACCUCGGGUUGAGGAUCUCCUGGGCAUGGACUGGGAGGGUUUUGCGUCUCACCUAUGCGACGAACCAGCCCAGAAUGAUCUCCUCCAGACCGUGAAGCCGCAGGCAACGACAGGCUACGAGUCGGACAAGCUUGAGUCGUUCGUCAGUUGGCUCCUCUCUGAUGCGUCCUAAGAGAAUCAAUCACAAAACGGCCGCCACAAACCAUAGAGGAAGAAGAAAAAGAUGUCACACGCCAGGGUUUGGUUAGCGCUCAAAAUUUAAAGAUCUACGAGAUUACCGCGUAUUUCCAUGCCCCUCUAUAAAUGGGCAUUUAAAGCAAAAAAAAUCUAUUUUUUUGAAUAUUUUGAAUUUGAACACUCAAUGUACAGUAAGUACGGCAGCAUCUCAAUUAUUUCAAUGUAAUUAGUUCUGGCAUGUU